CAGCGACACCGUGCCUCCCUUGCACUUCUGCUGCGAGGGUAAUCAAUAAACAACACUGUCUGGAACACGCGAGGCACCCAGAUCGGCAGACCCCCUGCCAUCUCAUCAAUAUCAGAAGAUCCUCAAACUUAGCUUGGUCCAGAACUACAACUCAUCUGUGUGUGUAGGACAGGCAGACAGGACAGCCACUGAGAAGAAAGGAUCCCUUCCUGUGUGCUGGUCAUUGUCUCCAAGUCAGUUCCAGGAAUUGACCUGACAAAUAUUGACGAGGCUGCUGGGAUCUUCAAACGCCAUUUUCCUGUGAGCAGAAGGUGAUGUGGAGCUGAAAACCAGUGACCCUGCUAGGAUGGAGCCAGCUUGGCUAUGGCUGCUGGGAGCAGCUGUCCUGGCCUCUGUCCAUUGCCAACCCUUUCCUGCACAUGGAGAUAAGAGUCUGGAGGUGCCUCAAGCUCCCAGUGACCAACUCUCAGAGCCAGCCCCAGCCUACCACAAAAUCACACCUACCAUCACCAAUUUUGCUUUGCGUUUGUAUAAGCAGCUCGCAGCAGACAUCCCCAGAAACAUCUUCUUCUCCCCGGUAAGCAUCUCCACUACCCUGGCCCUGCUCUCUCUUGGGGCCCAAGCUAACACCUCAACUCAGAUUCUUGAGGGCCUGGGCUUCAACCUCACUGAGACGCCAGAAGCCGACCUCCACCACAGCUUCCAGAGCCUCCUCCACACCCUGGACCUGCCUAGUCCCAAACUUGAACUAAAAGUAGGCAACUCCCUCUUCCUGGACAAGCAACUCAAACCUCAGCAGUGGUUUCUGGACAGCAUCAAGGAGCUGUAUGGUGCACUCGCUUUCUCAGCCAAUUUCACAGAUUCUGCUGGCACGGCGAGGAACAUCAAUGAAUACGUGAGAAAGCGAACGUACGGGCAAGUCUCGGACUGCCUGCAGGAGUUCAGCCAAGACACACUCAUGGUUCUCUUGAAUUACAUCUUCUUCAAAGCCAAGUGGAAGCAUCCUUUCAAUCGCUACCAGACCCAGAAGCAGGAGAGGUUCUUUGUGGAUGAGAGGACCUCUCUCCAGGUCCCCAUGAUGCACCAAAAGGAAAUGCACAGGUUCCUCUAUGACCAGGAGUUGGCUUGCACUGUCCUUAAGAUAGAAUACAGUGGAAAUGCGCUGGCCCUGCUGAUCCUUCCUGACCCAGGGAAAAUGAAGCAGGUAGAGGCCGCGCUGCAACCAGAGACCCUGAGAAAAUGGGACCAACUUCUUCUUCCAAGUCUGCUGGACUUGCAUUUGCCAAGGGUUUCCAUUUCUGGAACAUAUAACCUGGAAGAGAUACUGCCCCGAAUCGGUCUCACCAACAUAUUCAACUUAGAAGCUGACUUCUCAGGAAUCACUGGGCAGCUCAACAAAACCAUCUCCAGGGUGUCGCACAAGGCGGUGGUGGACAUGAGCGAGAAGGGGACCGAAGCUGGGGCUGCCUCCGGCCUCCUUUCCCAGCCUCCGUCUCUGAACGCAACAGCAGCUCCUCAUGCUCAUUUCAACAGGCCUUUUCUGCUGCUCAUUUGGGAUGUGACCACCCAGAGUUUACUCUUCCUGGGAAAAGUCGUCAACCCAGCCGCAGGGUGACAAUAGUGGGAGGCCAGGGGCAUCUGAUCUCUGUCCCAAGGUCUGGGCCCCCUUCUCCCUAGACUGAACCGGAAGACCAGCAGACCAGCAGCCACCUGCUUCAUGGGGCUGUGUGAGGACCACUUAUCAAUGUGCAAAGAUCCUAAUAAAGUUGACCUUGGGCUUUGUGAACACUGAUCAACAAUACUUGAAAGAAAGGCUCAGCUCCAAGAGGAGUUUUACCGUUCAUUCUAUAUCAGCACCUGCACCAGUUGCUGUCGAUGCCAACUCAUGUCAUUCCCAGUGUGUCAGAGUAGGGCUGCGCUCCAUAGGAGUUUCAAUGGCUGGUUUUUCAGAAGCAGAAUACCAGGCCUUUCUUCCGAGGCACCUCUGGGUGGACUCAAACUGCCAGCCUUUUGAUUAGCAGCCAUUAAAUAUUUGCAUCACCCAGGAAAUCCAUUCAUCCUCUGAUCCCCUUGAAUCUGGUGUCAAACAGUGGUCAGGAAGUUGAAAAUGAAAACGACCACCCCUGCAGAUGUUUCCUGAAGUCCUUGGGGUAAGGGUCACAAGAAAAGGCACAAAGGGCAUCAGGAGGUAUAAGCGAUUCUGUCCUUUCACAGUGGCCCAUCUCAGCUGGACAACAGAGUAAGGGCGUCCUGAGAUGUCUCUGCCUACCUUGAGAGGAGCUGGGAGCUGGGGCUGGACUCCCAACGAAGCUCCAUGAGGAGAUGGGAUACUGAGGAUGGGCCAGUGCAGUCAUGGGCCAACCCAGCAAAGAAUGGCAAAGCAAGCAGCAAGCAAAGAGCGCCAUAGCCCAGGGGCACCCCAAGAUCGCAGCAGUGGGAGGGGCAGCAUGGCCAGGUGGGACAAUGGGUUUAGGGAAAAAGCAUGAUCAGUGGGAUGAAUUUGGGGACCGUAGUCAAUGGAGAAAGGUCCCCAGAUGGCGCAAAUGGCUUGCAUUCAACUUCUAACCUAAAAGUUGGCAGUUCAUACCCACCCAGCAGUGCUGCAGAAGAAAGGCCUGGUAACUGGUUUCCAUAAAAACAACCAAGAAAACCCUAUGGAAUGGUUCUACUCUGUAGCAUAUGGGGUCUCCAUGAGUCAGAAUUGACAUCAACAGGUUUGUUUCCUUGCUGUUGUUUUGUUUUGUUUUUAUUCAACUGAGACGUGCAUUGGCCAGAAGCCAACCCAGGUCCGGCCUGAAAGGCGAGAAUCCAACCACUGAACCAUCACUGUCUUCAACAUGCAGCCACCACCCAUCCGUCCGUGGAGGCUUGUGUGUUGCUAUGAUGCUGCACAGGUUUCAGUGGAGCUUCCAGAU